UUAGAGUGUGAGGAUCACAAGUGAGUUAAUCAAUUUAAGGUUACAAAAAUAAUAAAUUGAGAUGGAUCCAAUUUUAUCUUGGCGCGCAAUGGAGCAAAUUACGGAACAGGGGUUGAAAGUCGAGAAACCCAAUCUUCAAUUUUUGGGUUUUAAAAAAGUAAUGUGUGCAGACAAAGAACGCUACAGAGUGUUUCUUAAUGAUGGAAUUACUGGUAAUUCAUUUGCGAUGCUUGCUCCAGAACUCAAUCACUUGAUUACAAAUAAUAUACUGACGAUGUAUUCGAUUAUUCAAAUUAACCGUUAUGGAUUAUCGGAAGCCAAAAAAGGGGAUGAAAUAAUAAAUGUUAUGGUUAUUUUGGACUUGAAAAUUCAAAGACCUGGCCGUGAAGUUCCUGGAGAAAUUAAUUUUGCAUCUGAAUAGAGAAAAAAUAUAUUAUUUUACAAAUUAGAA